ACCUGAUUUCACUACAGUUUCUUACAGUUGUUUCAGCUGCUCUAAAGCUCACUGACACUGAAAGAAAACUGACACUAGAUUAUUUUUGACAGUCCCUUCCUGUCUGAUUAAGUUUUGGUGUGUGUGAGGGAUCCACACAGUGCAGAUGACACUACAGAGAAUGAGCAGGCUCAGCUGUGUCCUGUCUGUUCUGUUGCUGCUGACUCUCACAACAGGAGACACUGAGGUGUCCUGUGUUUUCAUGGAGAGCUGCAUCUUACCGUGCAGCUUCCAGAGCGGAGCUGAUCCAGUCAUCCACUGGUUUCAGGUGACAGCAGGACACCUUCCUGUCCACUCCUACUACCGCAACAAAGACCAGUUUGGACUCCAGGACCAGUUCUUCAGAAACAGAACAUCUCUGUUCAAGGACCAGAUCUCCAGAGGAAACGCCUCACUCCAGCUGACAGGGGUGGAGGUUCAGGACCAGGGCAGAUACAGAUGCUACACCAGCACCAUGAGAGGAAAGGAGGAGUCAUUCAUCAACCUGAGAGUGGACGCUCCAGUCAGUAAAGUCAACAUGGAGCAGGUAGGAAACAGGAUCAUCUGCAGCUCAGAGGGGAUCUACCCUGAACCUGAUCUCACCUGGUCCACCAGACCUCCAUCCAACCUGACCCUCCAGAACCAAACCAGCAUCCAGCAGACUGAGCAGCAGCUCUACAACAUCAGUAGUUCUCUGAUACUUUCAGACAGUGAAACUGAUCUGAUCUACAUCUGCACCAUCAGCACUCGCAGCAACAGCAGAAACACCACUUGGAGAAAACUACAGGAUUCAACCAAUGUUGGAGCCAUCACAGGUGGAGUGGUUGGAGCCAUUUCUGUAGCAGCAGCAGUAGCAGCAGUAACAGCAGUUGUCCUGGUGUGGUAUAUUACAAAAAGGUUUGUUUGCAGGAGAAUAGAACUUGAAGAACGUACAAAUGAAUUAACUUCUCACCAGAAUGGAGAAGUCUCAUCUAUUGCUCCUCUGAUUGAUGGUAAUACAGACCCUGAUCACACUGACCAGAACAUAUAAAUGAUAACUGGAUGUUUUGAUGAUCUCAUUUCAGUGACAGCUGAGAACUGAGCUGAGCAUUAAUUUGAAAACGUUGUAAAUAAAACCUUCAGUUCUGUUUUUAAAGCCAUUUAACAAACACAUCCUUGUCAGUCCAGUUACUGAAGGUCAAAGACUGUUUGAUGUAAAAAUGUAUUUUAUCAUUACUAUGUACCUGCCUAAUGUAGUAGUAUUACAUAUCAUUAGUAGAAUGUAGUGACUGUGGACUGAUGAACAUCUGAACUCUCUGACUCUUUAACUCUCUCCUGCUUCAUGCAGCUUCAUCGUUCGUCUCUCUGAUUGAUAUUUCAUGAGGCAGAUGUUUGUUGUGAGUAACAAACUCUAAAGGUUUGAGUUUUCUAAGUCAGAGCUUUAACUCACUGCUCUGAUCUGCUUUCACUGACUGGACUCCAGGUUUGUUUCUGUCAUUAGCUGAGAGGUUCACAUUCAUUUCCAACCUGCUCUGUGCAUGUUUCAGUCAUAAUGAUAAGAGGGUGAUAACUGCUGUGUAUUUUAAUACUUGCUGUGAUUUAUUCUUAAUAAAAUCUAUACUGAAUGUUU